AAACAAAAGCGGCACAGUACAAUAAAGGAUUCUCUUCUCCGGCAGUCUUUAUAGGCUUAGUGUCCGUAUCAGUUUGUCGACGAUAUGGCAUUUUGCAAUAAGAACAAGAUGUUUUUCGCUCUGCUGCUUUUAUGGAGCGCUUAUGUUGUGAUUGGUGUCUUUGCGUUCUCUGCUGUGGAGGGAAGUGCAGGGCCGGAAAAAGAGAAUGGCGAGCGACGCUGGAGUUAUGGAAACUCCUUCUGGUUUACUUUCGUGUUACUCACGACUAUUGGUAAGAAAAGAUGUAAAACACUUCGAGUCCGUGAGGGGUGAAAGCAGACUACAAGAUUAUUGUAAACUUCGACUUGUUAACUUGACAUUGCGGCUUUACAAUUACGGCCACUCAGUUUUAAAGGACUAUUUUUUCCCGCCGUCAUAUACUGCAGUGAUAUCGUCUCAAAAUCGACUUGUUUUACUUUUUUUUUUCUCAAUAACUGAACGACCGUUUAUGGUAUGGGCGCUUAUUAAAACAAACGUAGAUUUUCUUCUGUACACACACUCUGCAGUUCUUGUUUUCCAGAAAACGUCAUCGAAAUACGAAUUUUUUUAGCGAAUUUCAGCCUUCGAAGAAACGGUAAAUAAAGAAAACUUGUCGAUAAUUUUUUACGGCUCAAAGCUUUUGUCAAAAUCUUGACUGUGACCGUUCGUAUGUACGCCAGAAGAGGUCUUAGGAUCGAUACCGCAAUGAAUAUUUACAUAUAAGAGCAAAAUCAACUGGGGGGACGUUGUGCACAGGCUAAUUUUGCCUGAAAUGUUGUUUAUUGCCUUUCUUGUAGCUGAAAACAGCGAAUUUUAACGAUUUGAAGGGUUUGGGUUUGGAUAAAGGAUAGCCUCCCAGAACGUGUGCUUUAGAGGCUUGGGGAUUGGAUGUCUACUUGAGCCGUAUACUACCCAUGAUGCACCUAAUAAUGGCCCCCACAAAUUUUGCAUGCCUUCAAUUUAUUCUGAGACGACUGAUAAACGAACUUCGUGUCGUUUACUGGGGAACGGCGAGGCAAGAGGUGCGACCAGCAACCAGUUAAACCACUAGAGUUAUUAACAGUGAACUUGCUCUUUAACCUCUGUUGGCUUACACUAACAGUCAAACUUCUUUUUCACUUUUCUCUUCUAUUUCACUUAUAUUGAAGGUUUAGCCGUCGCAACAUCGCUAUUCAGCUCGUUUUACAGCACUGAAUGCUGCAAAACAAGUUGCGCGUCUUUAGCUUAAGGGGUAAACACACCCGGACUGAGAUUCAGUUGAGAGCGUCUUUAUUCAGUUGCUUUUUUUCUUUGGGUUAAGGAAAGAUAACAGAAAUGUAAAACUGUAGCCUGAGUCUAACAAGUCAAUCAAACUAAAUAAUUAAUGAUAAUAAUAAUAAUAAUAAUGUUUAUUUCUUAUAUUGCGCAGUCUAGCAUGCGAUAAAGAUAUGAUCGAAUGCACAUUACAACAGUAAAAUCUUAAAGUAAUAAAUGGCUAAUCCAAAUAAUGAUAUUAAUAAUAAUAAUUUACAAUUUUCGGAAAACAAUAAAAGUAAAAUAUGAGUUAAUAAAAGAACUAAUAAAAAGCUAAUUUAAAAGAUGUGUCUUUAGUAAACCUUUAAAAAUUUUCAAUGAUUGGUCAAUUUCUAGAUGGAGAGUUCCAACUUUAUAUUUUCAAAACCCCUAAAAAGGUAUUGUCCAUUGUUAAACGUAUGAUCUUUAUCGCCAUUUAAACGGUGGAUGUGGGCAUAUUUUUAUCCCCUAUAAAUUUUUCAUCUGUUCGGAUUUCCUAGCUGAAAGUCUAGUGAUCCGAAAAUUAUAGGGAACAAAACUUACCUGUUCGAAAAUUUCAGCCAGGAAAAAAAGACCUUUUCCCGAAAAUUCUAGGUGACAAUUUUACCAUUUUUAGAUGUUAAAAAUCCGUUGAAAAUGGGCAAUAAAUUUUACAACCAUCUUUCUUCCGAAGAUUUUCGAAAAAUCCCUGAAUAAAACUCCUGAAUACCUGAAAUACUAUACCAACAAAUUUUACAAGAACAAGAAAAACUGUUGUUCCGAAAAUAGGGACCUUAAGAUCCGAAAUUGACUUCCGGGAACAACAAAAACAAUAGGUUUUUCAAAACAACAAUUUUGCACGUGCAACGCUUUUUUGUACAUUUCUUUGCCGUCACUGCACGACUACCCCUGAAAAAAAUUUCCUGAAUACAGAGGAAGUACACAAGCGACGUCGUACCUUUCUGAACUUAAAUGGUUCUUGAAUUCAAACAGGAGGGAACAUUUGACAAAGUUAGUGAAUGAUUAAGACUGAAAGAAGGAUUCACUUUUUCAAGCACGUUUUUCUGCCGUCGCCGUCCUAAUAUCACUGACUGGUUCCUGUUGCCGGAUCUCUAAUUAAAGAGAUGCUGUUGCCAGACGUCACUUGAAGUGUAUGAUAAAACAAAACUGAAUGCAAGGCUGGGACUACGGCAAAGGUCUGGUUCAUUACAGGCGAAUAUUUCAGCUAACAAAAUUAGCCCUCCUCAGGGCCAGAGCUAUACCGAGAGAAAGAACAUUUACAGGUUCAAAUGGGUUCAAAUCUUAUCCCGUCUAUCUUUAGAUAAGAGCCAUAAUAUGACGAUCUCUUGCUUUAGAAAAUGUAAUGAUUACAGUAUCACAGCACGAAGUUGUCAAGGAAAGUUUUCCACAGGUUUUUCAAGGCAUCAUCAGGGGUUGGGAGCACGACACUUUGAAGCUUUUAAAGCGGGGAACUGGGGACGAGCGAGAAGCUUCCGAUCUUGUUCAGGGAUUUUCCUUUAGAAAUAGGAAAAACUGUGGGGACGAGGUUGGAGAAGCCAAAGUGGGGGAUGAUGGGAACGUGUGCAGAGCGCGAGCGGGGAGAGAUGGGAAGUGGUGGAGGUCGUGGAGUGGUGCUUUUUCUCCCUUUCCCAACACUCCCUUCGCUCCCACUUUCGAUAAUUAAAGUGUCUGUUGUCUGCAUUAAAAUGCACCGAAAAUGAAAGGCUUUCCCCAGGGAAAUAACGGAAUAGGGAGCUGUGACCGGAUAAAAGUGGUUUUCCGUAAAUCAGGGUUCAACUCAUGAAUAUUGUAAUAAUUUUAUGAAUUUUUCUUAUAUGUUUAUCUUUUAGGAUAUGGAGAUUUGUAUCCUGUGACACUCCUUGGUAAAGUCCUAUGUGUUGUGUACGCGUUUUUUGGCAUUCCAAUAACAAUCCUUUUCCUCAGGCUCAUAGGUCAAUACAUCUUUCGAGGGCAGAGAUGGUUCGUCACAGCCAUUGAGACACGGUGCACGAGGAAACUCGAUCCUCCUAACCGCUUAAACGGAAAAUGCUUCGUCCUUGGAUUUAUUUAUUUGCUUUUGCUGCUACUUGCCGGAGCUGGUGUACAGAUGUGGGUCGAAGACGACUGGAGUUAUGAAGGAAGCAUCUAUUUCUAUGCUAUGUCUUUCACUACCGUUGGCUUUGGAGACAUGCUACCAAGCAACAAGUACAUAGUGGUUGCUUUCAUCUUUCUGCAGCUGACUGCCGUCUCAAGUAUGUUGCAUGCAGCCGCAUCGAUGACACUGGUCAGGCGUGUUACCGCUAGGGUUGACAAUGAUGACGAAAGAGAUAUCCACGCAAACGGAAAAGAUGUCCAGGCAAACGUUUAAAGCAGCAGAUUCAAAAUAAGUAGCCCCGCCAAAUCUUCUCAAACAGUUACCGUAAAUCCUCUGUUAAUAUAAGGCCCCUCUCUAAGAAGCCCUUCCUUUUCAGGGGAAGAAAGUUGAUAAGUCCCCCAUCUUUUUUUUUUAGCCUCCCUCCCCUCCUUCUUAUUCACUAAUAAAAUAAUGAUAGAUUGUAUUAAUUAAUCACGACUGUAAAACUUCGUGUAGACUGAUCCAGGAUGGUUUAUUUACGAGAGGAAGUUCGGAUUUGUUGAUCCUCGGCUGCAUGAGCUCCAAUUUCUUGCACUUGUGCUUUUCCACUUUGCAUUCUAGGUUUUUAUGGUGAACUGAUACCAUAGUCCGUGCUAAAUUAAAAAAG